GAAUCUGCUGAAAAAAUUGUCUUUCCCUCUUUUGCAGGAUCUGUUUACAGUGGUGUCGUUUUCUGUAAAAGCUUGUGUGGAGUGUCGAUCAUUAGAAGUGGAGAAAGCAUGGAAAAUGCAUUGAGGGCUUGCUGCAAGGGAAUCAAAAUCGGCAAAAUUUUAAUCCACAGGGAGGGUAAAAGUGGCAGGCAGUUGAUCUACGAGAAGCUACCAAAAGAUAUUGCAAGUCGCCAUGUUUUGCUGCUUGAUCCAGUACUAGCUACAGGGAAUUCUGCAGUGAAAGCUAUUUCUGUGCUUCUUAGCAAAGGUGUACCAGAGUCUAACAUCAUUUUCUUAAACCUGAUAUCAGCCCCCGAGGGAUUACAUGCUGUAUGCAACAAAUUCCCAAGAUUGAAGAUUGUAACAUCAGAGAUUGACACAACUCUUAACAAGGACCUCCACGUGAUUCCUGGUAUGGGUGAAUUUGGAGACCGUUAUUUUGGUACUGGUAGUCGAGUUACUCCUCCAUAGAUUCAGCCAUGCAAGUUCUGUCCCUCUUUUAUUCAGGGAUGGAUUUCUACUCAUAAUCGAAAUGUGGGUUAGUCUUAAUUGACAGUUUAGAAAGAUAUCGCGCUUUGCCCCCUUUUCUUUUAAUUAGAAAGAGCAAGAUUUUACUUAUUCGAGGGGAUGAAAGACAAAUAAAGGAUCAUGAGAUUUUAUGAUAAGAGAGAUAUCCGUGAGGCAUGACCAUAGAGUUGUAAUUAGAAGUUCUUGCAUUUCGCAAUACUAUUGUUGCACCUGCUUUGAGAAUGUGUAUAUACCUUCUGUAAGUUCUCUUUUUAUGUUUGAUUUUAACAGCAUAGUUCUCUUUUUAAA